AUCGACGAGCAAUUGAACGACGCACAAGGCUUCCACCGCCCCACGAGUCAAGAUGGUUUCCUACACUCCUAUCCGCAUGGCCGAGUUCAAGAGCGCCUACGGUCCCAAGUACCAGUCUCAGCCUAACCUGGCUGGCUUCACUGUUCAGUCUGCCACCAGAAUCGGCACCCGUCUGGCCUUCUACGGCGCCCCCGCCGUCGUAGGUGUCCUCCUCUUCGCCAACGGUAUCCCCCGUGUGCAGCGCGACAUCCUCCAGAAGGUCCCCUUCUUCGGUGACUUCUUCCGCAAGGAGAUCCACCCCGCCGACAACCCCUUCUAAAUCAAAUGGUGGAAUGCGGACGAUAGACAUUAUUCAGUGGCCCGUCUCUGUUGCGUGGGCGGCUCUGGUUGUACAAGAUAUUCCAAUAGACGUGUUCUGAGCCUUGAAUUUUGAUGAUUUGCUGUGAAAUGUACGGGCUGUGAUUGGCUGGCAGUUGUUGAGUCGCUGGCUUGGCUGCUCGCAUUGCAGCCAUGACCCGAAUAGGAAUGCAGGUCCAACAAUUGAACGUCGACCUAAAGUAGUGGUUCUCAAUACAUUGUACCUAUCAAUUAUGAGAUACAAUACAAUGCUUUCAGCUUCC